GGCCAGGCGCACAUUGGUCGGACGGGCGUCUGUUGGCGCGCCGGCAGCCAAUGGAGCGGACCGGUGGUUCGGCGGGUUUUGGGCGAGGAGACGGGGCAACUUUGGCACCACUGAAAGAUUUCCAAAGCAAGCAAGCAAGACGCGCAGCCAUGUUUCAGUUUCGGUAGCGUGUGUCGUUAGCCCGAAACAAAAACACUGCCGAUGGGCCUGCUUCAACCCGACGCCAUGUAGUGUUCUUGAAGCCUGUGCCUUCGGAGUUCUCCCGGACGUACACCGAGCGGCUGCCAUCGCCUGGGAAACGCGGCUGUGAUGCGGCCCCGAAACGUCUCACUAGGCCUAGUAGCGCUGGCAGCGCUGCUGGCACCCGGCCUGGGCCAGGUGGUAAGCUCGCGUGUGUCCGAGCACCGUAUUCCUCAUCAUGGUCGCUGUGAACCCAUCACGAUUCCGCUGUGCAAAGACAUCCAGUAUAACGAGACUAUCAUGCCCAACUUGCUUAAUCACCAAAAGCAAGAAGACGCCGGCAUGGAAGUGCACCAAUUCUUUCCAUUGGUCAAGGUCAAGUGCUCGCCGGACUUGCAGUUUUUUCUGUGCUCUAUGUACGCACCAGUGUGCACGAUCCUGGAGUACCCAAUCCCACCGUGCCGUUCGCUUUGCAUGUCAGCGCGCGAAGGCUGCGAGCACCUGAUGAACAAGUUUGGCUUCAAGUGGCCGGAGUCCCUUGAGUGUGACAAGUUCCCAGAAGUUGGCUCAUCGGAAAAGCUUUGCGUCGGCGAGAAUGUAACUGAGCAUCGAAUCAACCACACUCCAACUUCACCGAAUUCGACGGGUCUCCUUGUGAAUCAUGGUUUUCUCUGCCCACGCGAGUUUCGUGUGCCCCUUGGUUUGGACUAUGUGUUCCGCAUUCGUGGUAAGGAAGAAAAGAACUGCGGGAUGCCGUGCCACCACAUGUUUUUCAGGGGCGAAAACCUCAAGUUUUCGCGCUACUGGAUCGGUGCUUGGGCCAUACAGUGCAUGGUGUCCACGCUGUUCACUGUACUGACAUUCCUAAUCGACAUGCAGCGGUUCCGUUACCCGGAGCGACCCAUCAUUUUCCUCUCAUUUUGCAACCUGAUGGUGUCUUCCACCUAUUUCGCGGGUUUCGUGCUCGGCGACCAAGUGGCCUGUAACGAGCCUUUCGAAGUGCCGGGUGGACACAGUAACAUUGAAAUGGUUCGCACGAUCACGCAGAACAACAAAAAGGAAGCGUGCACUGUGAUGUUCAUGGUGCUUUAUUUCUUCAGCAUGGCCGGUUCAAUCUGGUGGGUUGUCCUCACACUCACCUGGUUCUUGGCGGCAGGGCUCAAGUGGGGUCAUGAAGCGAUUGAGAGCAACUCGCAGUACUUCCACCUCGCUGCUUGGACUAUACCAGCCGUAAAAACUAUUACGAUCCUAGCUAUGGGCAAAGUAGAAGGGGACGUGCUCAGCGGAGUCUGCUAUGUCGGUCUUUGGAACAUGGACGCCUUACGUGGUUUCGUUCUUGCGCCGCUGUUCGUCUAUCUUGCCUUAGGCAAGGUAUUUCUUAUGGCGGGCUUUAUAUCUCUCUGCCAUAUCCGAACUGUGAUGAAGCACGAUGGCACCAAGACAGACAAGCUGGAAAAGCUCAUGGUCCGGAUCGGCAUCUUUUCCUUCUUGUACACUUUACCAGCUCUAACAGUGUUAUGCUGCUACUUCUACGAACAAGCUCACUUCGACGACUGGAUGCUCGCUUGGCACUGGCAAGUGAACGCAGAGCAGCGUUGGAGCAUACCGUGCCCAGAGCCGUCGUGCAACCGCCGCGAUCGUUCCCUGCGCCGGCCAGAGUUCUACGUCUUCAUGAUCAAGUACCUGGGCAUUCUCAUUGUGGGCAUCACGUCGGGCGUCUGGAUAUGGUCCGGAAAGACAUUCGCAUCGUGGAGAAACUUUUACGCCCGCUUGCAGAACUUGACAUCCACGCCAGCGAGGCGCCGGGCAGAGGCAUACGUUUGACCAGCUGUCUCUGCCGACAUCUACUCAGGAAUCGCGCGUGCGAGCGCAUUAACGGUAGGCCCGAUUUAUUACGCCGUGCCAACGCAAGCGGCCAAUGCGAACGGCAUCGUCACUUCGUGUAAGUGACGGCGUCGUUUUGCAAAGUGCGAGUCGUGAAGGUGGUACUGUACCGGCCAUGUCGGGUGCACUGUCCGCCUGGCGGAUGCACCCUUCGUACUCUGCGACUAAUGUCGCCUUCACGAACCGCGAGUGGUCGUGCAGGUGAUAUUGGUCAGGUUUAUUGAUGCGGCUGCCAUAAAUGCAUUAACUGCAUUCGCCAUGACCGUCAUCAGUAACUUGCAGUGGACUCGUGGUAGAUUUGAUCUUUCUUAUGUGCCACUUAGACUCAGCCAGGAGAGUAGCAAGCAGUGAUGCUCCAUGAGCUUCUGAUUCUCUCGUAUCAGCACAGGGUUGUAAGAUAUAGAAAGAUCCUGCCAGUGAAUUACAUGCAGCACAAAUUAUAGUGUUUCUCGGUGACGUUGUAGGCAAGGUAUGUGGUACAUGCCGGGAAAGAGAAUGGAGUGCUAUUCUGUGUUAAAAGAAACACAGAAAUACUAGAACAUAUCUUUCAUGUUUUUAGUGCGAGGGUUUGCUAAAGACAGUGUCGAAAAAUAUCAUUAGCUGGUGUUUCUCUUUUUUUUUUUUUUUCAUUGUAAUUUAUAUAUGUAUGCAUUGAUUCCCAUCCAACUGUUAUGCUUUAAGCAGCAAUGGCAGCAUAAGUGAUGCACUGUUCUCAUUAAUGCUGCCAUUUGCAGUCUUGCGAUAGGUGUUCACAGAUGCCCAUAAUUGGAUUGCAUGCACAAGUUGUUGUUUAAGCUGUGUGUCAAGCAUGAUCAACAAAAACGGGAGGCAACGAGCACAAUUCAGUGGCGCACAUUAUUUUGUUUUCUUCUUGCUUGAGUGUUCAUGCAAAUGAUCACAGGACACUAAAAGCCAGCAACCUGACUCAAAGGCGCACAUUAUUUCCGUAUAUUUCUUUUCAUAUCAGUGAGUGUUCAUGAACUUUGGGACAGUUUAUCAUUCGCCAUUUUAAGCUGCACAGCACUUCAUGUUUUCACUGCCAGAAUAUUUUGCUGGCCUGCCCUGGGAGAAUAUUUUAUUUAUGCCUUUUUAUGGGCUAAGCAGAGCAUAUUCAAGUAAAAGAAAUGCUCUCCUCACUGGACCAUUGCAUAUUCUUGGGCAAGACCAAUUUUCACUUGCGUAACCUGAAAAUUGGAAGGCAAAAGUGCAGUGCACUUGACCUUGACACUUUGUUACUUUGGUAUGCUCAAACAAUUUAAUGCCUGCAUAAUGCCAUACUUUCAGUAAAUAGUUUAUUGCCAUUAUUAAUGGAAAGAGUGCUUGUACAUCAAAAUACUGCUCCUGGGCAGCUGAUAUACACUUAACACUAGUUCAACUAGCUGUGUAGCUGGCAUUUUUUACCAUGAUGUCGGUGAUGAACCUGUGGAAUACUACUGUUUCAACAUUUAAGGCACCCAAGUGGAUAUCUUCAGUGCACUUCUAUGAAGUCGCUAUCAUUUCUAGCAGCAUUGCCACGUGUUCUAGCUGCUAGAUGUGUUCAGAACUUGUUCAUAUUCAUUUUGAUCCCAUAUUGGUGCGUAUUUACCUGUGAAACCUCAUCCAGCCUUUUUUCUUUUUUACACCGUAUGCUUCAUGCUCUGAGCUGACGCAUGCAAUAGAUGUCACAUUUGAACCUUAUGUUACUUGGCAACAUUAUUUUUUUGCACGAUUUGCCGGACGACGUGUUCCUGUGCUGAGAUUCAUCUUUUCAUUGGCGAUAACUGUGUGCCCAUAGCUUGUAAAACAGGCAAACACAGUUUUUUUUGUCGCAUGUUGCUGGUAGCAUCCACUUGUCUUUAAAUUAAGUAUCACAUGCCAGUAUGUAUACUUUGGUGAAUGACAAAUACUUUUUAACUUAUGCAAUCUUUGUUGAACACAUCAACUGACAUUAUAAUUUAAAUGUUGCUUUGUGGUUUUAUGGCACCAUGUGUCAACAUGGCUAAAGGGGCACCAGAAGUGCCUGCUUUGGACAGCUAAGCUUCAAACUUGGCAUCUCUGUAAAUCAGUGCUGGCAUUAGUAAUCUUUUGAACAACUUUUGGCAGCUGUGGCACAUUUUAAUACUCUUCAGAAGUGGACCUGUGAUUAACUGCAUUACUGUAACGGAUAUAUUUUUCUUGUUCACCCUCCUCUCUCUUUUUUUUUUUUUUUUUUGCCAUCUCACUAGACGUGAUGUGCUUUCAGUGAUGUUUGAAGCCUAUUCCUCUUCUCUGUUAUCAUUUGAGCCUUUGGUGCAAAGAUUUCACUUAAAAAUCAAAGUUUAGAACUUGUGCCCACUGAUAACACAGUUGAUUGUAAAAUGCCAUUCUUUUAAGAAUAACCAUGUUCUGUAUUUUAGUUGUAAGCAUUAACGUGCAAAGGUAAAUGAAAACAUGGAAACAUUUCACUCAUGUCUCGUGCUGCUUACAUGAUGUUAUGGUAUUACCGGUCUGCACAGUGCAGAUGCCUUUUUAUGUUCGAUGCAACUUUUGUUUGCAUGUUGCUGAACAUAAUGCUUGCUUUGCUAACUGUUGUAGCAAAGGUGUUGAUUCACUGUACAUAGCGUCAACUUGAUGAGUUCCUUAUAAUGUACAUUUUCAUGGUUGUAUUUUGAUUUUUAUGAAACUGGUUAGCUACACUGCAUGCUGCUACAAGCUGCUAGCACAAUUACAUGUCACAAUGUCUUCAUCCUACCUGAUUGUAUGCUGGCUCAUGCUGUGUUCUCUUUAAAUAGAACCUUUUUUUUCACUGCAAUCAUCUGUGCCUCUACUUUCUUGUACACAAACUGUCUUCUACUUUGAUUGUUUUUAUUGAGGAUGUCAUUCACUACCCUCACCAUGUCAUUCAGGUAAUGUGGUGUUCAGAACAGCCUUGCUUGAAAUAAAGCGUAUGCUGGAAUAAGACAAUUUUAUUCCUAUUGCAAA